UCCUCGCAAAUCAUUCUCACUCAUUUGCAUUCACGACUGCACUGUACGAGGCAUUUUCUCCACCGCGUACUAUCGCUGCCUGCCGUUACGAACCGGACCCUCGUCUUGCACAGUCGGCUGCCUGCUCUGUGGCGAUUGCUUUCUCCAUCAUAUCGACUCAUCGACCGCAGUUUGCUCGUCUUCAUUCUGCAUAACAGACGUGCAGGGAGAAAGGUACAUCUUGCAUGCAACGCGGGCUUGCUUUGCCGGACAUGCGUUUGCUGCACGUCCGCUGUUAGUCUUCCUUCCACGACCUGACCUCCAGUCCCUCUACGAUCUCGCGGCGCAGCAUCGCUCAUAUUGGACCACAAGGCUGUGUCAACCGACAGUCAACCACACAGGAUCACACAAGGCAAUCUCAUCCUCCGGCAGGGAAGCUGCAGCUGCCCGCCAAUACAUACCCAUCUCCGACAUCAGCCGACGACCUUGCCCAACAUUACCCGCUUGCCGUCCCACACCACAUCACCAAACAUGCUCGCCUCGGGGAUGGCACUGGCCGUGCUGCAUUACCUGGCACCAAUCAUCACCGCCGUUUACUUCGUCUCGGCAAAAACUACCGCGGUCUGCCUGCUGCAAGAACCGAAACCUCGCUCAGGCACCAAGUCGAGGCGAUUUCCUGCCAUUGCUUUACAAUUGAUCGCUGUGUGUACCGCUGUUGCGGAGGCGGUGUCGACGAUAUUGCAGGCUGUCAGGCAACCUGGCUGGGCGGCUGAGCAGGACUAUGUGAUAUUCCUGGUCAUCUUCAUCGCAGUUCAUCUGUGUCUGGCGCUGGGACUGGCAGAGACGGUGAGUCCACUAUGGCAUCCAUACUUUGGCGCGUGGGUCAUUGCAUUCUUCUUCGAGGUCGGUCUUCUAUCGCUCGCGGCCACAUCUGGCAAGACCGAUGAGUACACUACUACUCGACUGGUGCUGGCAGCGGUAAGAGCAUCGGCUUUGCUGCUAUUAUGCCUUGGCGUGCUAUGGUUCGCGUUGAGGGACCGCAUGCGCGGCAUCAAGCUCGAUGAGGAAAGCGAAGCGCUUCUGGCUGAGAAUGGCAACGGCCACGCCAAUGGGAACGGCACGGACGGCAGAUUGAACGGGAGCACUAUCAAACCGCCGCCAUCAUCCCCUGAGGAGGCCUCAGGCGACGCCACUGAAGACGACGAGAUGUGGGACAUGGACUCCGAUUCAGAGGAGCCAGAUCGCGACAAAGAGCUCAAAGAGUUGCAGAAAAAGCGCCUUCAGCAGUCCGGCAGUUGGUUCAACUAUCUCAAAGAGUUCAAGAUCUUCAUUCCCAUGCUGCUUCCAUGGAAGGACCGCCUUGUACAAGCCUGCUUCUUGAUCAUUGGGAUCAUCAUCAUCGCCGAGCGUGUUCUCAACAUCCUUAAGCCUCGGCAAUUGGGCAUCAUUGUCGACGAGCUUACGGCGAGCGCUGGAAGUGGAGAUGUUCCGUGGCACUCCAUCGGUCUUUGGAUACUAUACGCAUCGCUCAGUUCCGGCGCCGGAAUCUCUCUGAUUAAGAAUGUCGCUCAGGUUCCGGUGCAGCAAUAUGGCUACAAAGCCAUCUCCACGACCGCGUUCCGCCAUAUCAUGGGCCUGUCAAUGGAUUUCCACAACGAGAAGAACUCUGGCGAACUCAUUCGUGCGAUCGAGCAAGGCUCGAAUCUGCAAGACCUGGUCGACUUCAUCUUGUUCGAUGUAGCGCCGAUGUUCUUCGAUCUCAUCGUGGCUUUCGUCUACGUCGCGGUGCUCUUUGAUAUAUACAUGAGCCUCAUUCUCUUUGCAGUUGGAGUCUCGUACGUCUUCGUCGGCACCAAAGUCACAUUGUGGAGUAUGAAGCAACGACGAGACUACAAUGCCGCUUGGCGAUCCGAGAGUAAAGUCCAAAAUGAGGCAAUUAACAACUGGCAGACGGUCUCCCACUUUAAUCGAGGAGACUACGAGGCGGAGAGAUACAGCAAUACCGUCGACACUUUCAUGGCCGCUGAGUGGCGCUACUACCUUGCGUUCUUCAUGGGAGGCGGCGCGCAGUCCUUUGUCAUGCUCAUUGGACGUCUCGCGGUCACCGUGCUGGCGAUCUGGCGUGUGGCACGUGGUCGCGCUCCUGUCGGCCAUUUCAUCACUCUGAUCAGCUACUGGGGCAGCAUUGAGGGUCCGCUGGGCAACGUGUCCUAUUCAAUCCGCAAAGUCUCACAGAUGCUGACGGAUUCUGAACGUCUGCUCCAACUUCUCACCACGAAGCCAACCGUUACCACCGAUCCAGGCGCUCCAGAUAUUGCCGUCACUGCCGGCGAGGUCAUCUUUGACGACGUCAGCUUUUCCUACGACGUCCGCAAGUCCACUCUCAAGAAUGUCGCCUUCACUGUCAAGCCGGGCCAAACCGUCGCCCUCGUUGGCGAAACUGGCGGCGGGAAAUCUACCAUCUUGAAAAUGCUCUAUCGCUAUUACGACGUCGCGUCCGGUGCCAUUCGCAUCGACGGCCAGGACAUCCGGCAUGUCACCCUCGACUCCCUGCGCGACUCGUUUGGCUUAGUGCCACAAGAUCCGGCGCUCUUCAACGUGAGUCUCAUGGAGAAUAUCAAAUACGCCCGUCUCGACGCCACCGACGAGGAAGUCCACGACGCUUGUCGUGCGGCGGCCAUUCACGACAAAAUCAUGACAUUUCCGGACAAGUACAAAGCCCUGGUCGGCGAGCGCGGCGUAAAACUUUCCGGCGGCGAACUCCAGCGUGUCUCCAUCGCGCGGGCGAUCCUCCGACAACCGAAAAUCGUGCUCCUGGACGAAGCGACGAGCAUGAUCGAUGCGGAAACAGAAGCGGUGAUCCAAGAGGCUUUCAAGCGACUGACGGCACAUCGCACGACGUUCAUCGUCGCACAUCGAUUGUCGACUAUUCAGCAUGCCGAUUUGAUUCUGGUGAUCAAUGAUGGACAGAUUGUGGAGAGGGGAACGCACGAGGACUUGUUCCGGAAGAAGGGGAAGUAUGUUGCUCUGUGGUCGAAGCAAUUGAGUAAAGAUGUCAAGGAGGUUGAAGCAGAGUUGGAGGUUGUUCCGGAGGGAGAAGAGGAGGAGCUUUUGGUGAGGGUUCGAGAUGAGGUUGAGCAAGGAAAGAAUACGAGUGACGAUACGACAGAAUCGGAAUCAGGAAAAGUGAGCCUGGGCUCUGAUGGGUUCAGUAUGAGCUGA